AUGGGGAAACGCAAACUUUUAGAUUCUGACUCCAGUCAGUCUAAAAUUCAGAAAUUGUCCAUGUUUGGCUUUACUUCCAAUUCGGGGUCUGAUCAUUCAACCCCAGCCUUUCAAACUUCGCCAACAGUCCCAAGUCCAAAACCUUCUACACCAAAACGUAAAUUUAACGUCAGUUGGAAAUUAAAUAGGGACUGGUUAAGAUAUGAUUCCAAAUUGGGCAUGAUGUUUUGUGACAUCUGUAUUUCGGCCAAUGUACGAAAUGUUUUUACUGAGGGUACAAGCAUUAUGAAGAAAGAAAACGUAGUCAAGCAUGAGAAGGGAAAAGGUGCUUAUCUUCUAAUAGUGACAAUAGUCACUCUGCAGCUCUACAAAAGUCCAAAUCUGCUGAAAACAUGGAAACUGUCAGACAAAAUGCCCUCUCCAAGAGGUAGUUCUCAGCUUAAAGAUCUCAAUGUUGAUUCCCAUACAACAUGUGAGAGUAACAGCAGUGUUCAGGAGUUUCAGCAGUCGUUGUCCGAUGUGAUUCUUGAUAGGCUCGUAGAUAGGGUUAGGGGUAGCUCUGUAUUCAUUGUAAUGUUAGACGAGUCUACAGAUGUCUCAGUUCACCAGAAUCUCAUAGUAUAUGUUAGGUUUUUAGAACAGAUAGGUAGUAGGGUAGUUCCAUCUGUAGACUUUCUAGGCAUUAGGCAGUUGUCAGUUGCAAAUGCAGAGGCAAUUUCUUCAGAGUUGAUAGGUUUGCUUAAGGAUAAGGGAUUAGACUUGGAUAGGUUAGCUGGUGUUUCAACAGAUGGGGCUUCUGUGAUGGUAGGGUGUAAGAGUGGAGUAGUUACUAGGCUUAGAGAAAUGUAUCCAGGUAUCUUAGCAACCCAUUGUAUAGCACAUAGGUUAGCACUUGCAUGUGGGGAGGCAGCUGAUAAGGUCACUUACUUAGUUAAGUUUCAGGCAGUUCUGAAUGAUUUGUAUAAGUAUUUUGAGAGAUGUCCUAAGAACAUGGCUAGGUUAGAGAAGGUUCAAGGAAUCUUAGAUUGUAGCAGGGGCACUAGGCUCAAGCAAGUUUCCCACACUAGGUGGUUAAGUUUUGAGGGUAGUGUUCAGGCAGUAGUAGACAAUUAUCAGAGUGUAGUUGCAGUCAUGUUAGAGGAAAGUUCUGCUAAGGCAUUAGCUCUCCACAAGCCCAUUUCUUGUUACAAGUUUCUGUAUGUUGCACACUUCUUAGCUGACGCUUUGAAGCCAUUAGCUGUGUUGUCAAGGUCAUAUCAAAGGUCAGAUCUAGAUUUCACUGAGGUCAAUUGCCUUCUGCAUUCAACUGUCAAGGUCUUGGACAAUUUGAUUAGCAACCCUGGUGGUAACUUGUCUGCCUUUCUGCAGCAUGUUCCAUCUGAGCCAACUCUUGAUGAAUCAGGUCUUUACACAUUUGAGUUUCAAGGUCACAUAGUAAGGGAUAGUCUAGUACAAAGGUCAGAGGCAGUUAGGGCAUGUAGCACUUUUAUAGAGGGUGUUAAGGCUAGUUUGCAGUCUAGGUUUACUGAUAGGGGUGAUGCUUUGGUUUUGUCAGCUUUGAGUAGGUUUUUUGAUCCUCAGACAGUUGUUGAUAGGACUCCUCCUUCUGAGGACAUAGAUAUCAUAGCAAACCAUCUUUCAGUAUGUAAGGUAGCCAAGGUCAGAGAUUGUAAGGAUGAGUUACGGAAUUUUGUAGAGUUCUGCAGGGCUAAGGUAGACUCAAAUUCUAGGGUAGGGUCUAGCAGCUUAGAUAUUUGUCAGGUAGCAUUUAGGGCUAGGGCAAUGUUUCCCAUCGUGGCAGCUGCUGCUGAACGCCUGCUCACUGCUCCUGUCAGCACUGCAGACUGUGAACGAGGUUUCAGCCGGCAGAACCUAAUCAAGACCGAUGUGAGAAACUCCCAGUAA